GAUCCAGUACGCAAUUCCCCCCAAAAUAGAAGUACCGGUACGGCGCUCCGGACAGCUCUGGCCCAAGUCAAGCAUUUACAGUCCGUCGCAGUGUUUCACGUCAUGCUCCCUCUAACUACAUUGUUCCAUUUCACGGAAUUGCCGGAAUCACUCAAUGAAAUACAAUUAUUGAUUGCACUCUCUCCUAGCUCUCCCCGUCCCUCCUACUUCUCCCUCUCUCGUUUCUUUCCUGAAGUACUGCAGGGAGAUAACAGCACCGAAAAAAACACCAUCAGACAGCAACUACCUCAGUUCUACAGUGGGACACCAGCACAUUUACAUUCACAAGACACAAGCAACUCGCCUGGUGCAAUGGCUAACAACCAGCGAAAUCCACUUUUCCUCUCUCCUUAAACAACGCUUGACCAAUGAACACCACAGCCAGUGAGGGUAACUUCCUGUUGUGACUGCAGACUUCAGGGUUUUCCCUGUUGCAUCUCCAGACCCACCACUCUGAUCUGCUCCCAAACCUCUCUGCCGGAUUCCAUCCAUCUCCCUCCGCCCUCUUCUUACCCCCCUGUACUCCCACCCCUGAACGUCCAUCAGAGCUAAAAAUGGACGACAGCUACGAAAGCAGGACUUCCUUAGUGAAGGGGGCCAAGGACAUCGUCAAGGAGGCCAAGCGGCACGCUGUGAAAAAGGUCAACAAGGUCGUGGACAGCACCACAGACGAGUACUCCCAGCGCAAAUACAGCCGUUUCGAGGACGAGGUGGACGAGGGAGACGACUUUUACCGUAACCCUCCCAGGCAGGACGGAGGCUACAAUGACAACGACCAGGCCAGUGAUGCCAGCGACGCCACAGAGGGCCAUGAUGACGAAGAUGAGAUCUACGAAGGGGAGUACCAGGGAAUCCCAGCGGCCGGAGACAGGCGGGCCAGGGAGGGGCAGGUGGCUCUGGGGCAGCCCGUCACAGACAGCCUGAAGGACCGUAAGGAGCUGGAGCAGGAGAGGCAGGCGGACGAGGAGGAACUGGCCCAGCAGUAUGAGCUGAUCAUCCAGGAGUGUGGCCACGGCAGGUUCCAAUGGCAGCUGUUCCUGGUGCUGGGCCUGGCCCUCAUGUCGGAUGGGGUGGAGGUGUUCGUGGUGGGGUUUGUUCUACCCAGCGCCGAGACGGACAUGUGUGCUCUGGGUGGCUCCAACUCCAGAUCUGGAUGGCUAGGCAGUAUUGUGUACCUGGGGAUGAUGGUGGGGGCGUUCUUCUGGGGGGGCAUGUCGGACAAGGUGGGCCGCAGACAGUGUCUGCUCAUCUGCAUGUGUGUGAACGGCUUCUUCGCCUUCCUCUCCUCCUUCGUUCAGGGUUAUGGCAUCUUCCUACUCUGCCGCGUGAUCGCAGGCUUUGGAACAGGGGGAGUUGUACCCAUCGUCUUCUCCUUAUUUGCGGAGGUGCUGUCCAGAGAGAAGAGAGGGGAGCACCUGAGCUGGCUCUGCAUGUUCUGGAUGAUUGGAGAGAUCUAUGCUUCAGCCAUGGCCUGGGCCAUUAUACCACACUACGGCUGGAGUUUCAGUAUGGGUUCUGCCUACCAGUUCCACAGUUGGAGAGUGUUUGUGGUCGUCUGCGCCCUGCCCUGCGUUUGUGCUGUUGUGGCUCUCACUUUCAUGCCCGAGAGCCCCAGGUUUUACCUGGAGGUGGGGAAGCACGACGAGGCAUGGAUGAUCCUCAAGCAGAUCCAUGACACCAACAUGCGAGCGCGUGGGCAGCCGGAGAAAGUCUUCACCGUGAACAGAAUCAAGAUCCCCAAGCAUUUGGAUGAGCUGGUGGAGAUUAAAUCAGAGUCGGGGAACCCAGUCUCCAAGGCCCUCUUCAGGUCCAAGACCGAGCUAUGUGGGAUCUGGGUUAACUUUAUGAAGUGUUUCGACUACCCUCUGAAAGAAAGCACUAUCAAGCUAGCUAUUGUUUGGUUUACUCUGUCAUUUGGGUACUACGGCCUGUCUGUGUGGUUCCCUGAUGUCAUCAAGCACCUCCAGGCAGAUGACUACGCCUCCAAGGUGAAGAUCCACAGCAACGAACGCAUCGAGGACUUCACCUUCAAUUUCACCAUGGAGAACCAGAUCCACACCAAUGGUGUCUUCAUCAACGACAGAUUUGUUAAUAUGAAGUUGAAGUCCAUCACCUUCAUUGACUCCACCUUCCGUAACUGCUACUUUGACGACGUGACGUCGGUGGGAUCCUACUUCCGGAACUGUACCUUCAUCGAGGCGUUCUUCUACAACACUGACAUCGAUGACUCCAAACUGAUAGAUGACACAGAGGUGAUCAACAGCACGUUUCACCACAACAAGACGGGCUGUCAGAUGACAUUUGAUGACGACUACAGCGCCUACUGGGUCUACUUCAUCAACUUCCUUGGAACUCUGGCUGUUCUGCCCGGCAACAUCGUCUCGGCACUGCUCAUGGAUAAAAUCGGACGCCUUUCCAUGUUAGGUGGCUCCAUGGUUCUGUCAGGGAUCAGUUGUUUCUUCCUGUGGUUCGGCACCAGUGAGUCGAUGAUGAUCUUCAUGCUGUGCCUUUACAACGGCCUGAGCAUAUCAGCCUGGAACUCACUGGACGUGGUCACCACAGAGUCCUUCCCUACAGACAGAAGAGGGACAGGUUUUGGGUUCUGUAAUGCUUUGUGUAAGCUGGCUGCAGUGUUGGGAAACCUGAUCUUUGGUUCUCUGGUUGGCAUCACCAAGUCCAUCCCCAUCCUCCUGGCCUCAUCUGUGCUGGUGUGUGGAGGCCUGGUGGGGCUCCGGCUGCCUGAUACCAGGGCCAACGUACUGAUGUAGCCCCAGGAAGGACCACCUGGCCUGUGGAAGACUUGGGCCAAACCUGGUGCAAAGGGUUUGCUUCAAACAUGUCCUAUGGAUGUUUGAGAUUUGAUUUGCUUAUUGCCGCUUGUGGUCUCAAAGGGAGUUCAAUUGCAUAACUCCCCACCCCAUAUUGCUACAAAACAGUAUAUCUACUUUCACUUUAUCAAUUUAUGUAUGUACAAGACACAACCCAAGCUCCAGACCAUCUGCACAAUUCCCCGGUGUCAAAGGGAAACUCCUAUUUAUUAUUGAAUGUAAUAUUUGGGGAUGUCACAACGCCCCUUCCAGGAUGGAAUGAUGUCACUCAAUAUUUUCAUGUUAUUUCAUCAUGAUAUAAUCAUAAGAGUUAGUGGGGUAUAUAUUUUAGUGAAGCUUGUGGUGAGCAUUGUUCAGGGGAAUUGAUGGUCAGUUGUUCAUGACUGAUUGAUGGCCAGGCCAUUGCCUGUGGAUUAUGUCCAUCCAUCCCUGUAUAGUACUGGCUGUGAAGGGAACUACUGUAUAUGGGUCCUGUAGUUGGCUGAAGUAGACUCUAUAUCAGUGUCAAGGCCUGUUUGCUAUGAGCUGGCUUGUGAAGUCAAUACUGAGUUAGUGCUAUGUGAGUUUUAUAGAUGUCAGUAGCGCCUGUUGCUUUGUAUCUUAUGAGCAGUAGCUUCUAGGCAUGUUUGUCUGGAGUCAUUGCAGGGGCAGGGUUAGUGCUGUACAUAUGAAUGCGUUCUUAUUAGGCCAGGACAGAUGGAGGAGAGAAGGGAUAACAAGCUGUUCUGAGCACAGCCACCCUGCAGUGGGAGAGAUGGGGGAAUAGAUGAUCAGAAAGACUGGAGACCACACAGCUGCAAAACAGCUGGCCUAGACAGACAGGCCCAGGGAGAGAAUAAGGGUAUUUCUGGGCCACCGAGUGUAGAUGGAUCUUUGUCAGGCUUGACGUGUUCUCACAUAAUGUUUCACUUGUAAUGUCUGCUAGAUAUACGCACAUACGCUGAACUGUCAACCAUGAAGAGUCAUGGUGAUGGACAGGUCUUAACUAAGCUAAGCUUCUCCCAGAUAACAUCUGAAACUAUAAUAAUGUGUUUGUUGUCAGUUGUGGCUAUUUAUUUAUUAGUUUACACUGACAGAUGCAUAAAGAUGUGUUUUUAUUACACUGUUCUGCCCCACUCUACCACAGUCAUAUAUAAACACUCAAUGUCAAAGCCCUUUGCACCAGCUCUCUAGGCCAUAUUGAAUAACUUGAUUUGUUGUUAUUUGAAGUGUACAUACUAAAUGUAUCAAUAUGUUAAUAUUUAUGUUUUUUUUGCGGGUAUGUAUCUGCAGCUGUUCUAAAGAAUUUGUUGGGGGAAAAUGUAAGAAUCUAAUUUUUUUGUAUCUACUCUUGUUCUCCACUUCUCCUAUGUGUUGUAUUGUAUGCAGGCUUCCUGAUUGGGAUUUAUUUAUGUUCAGCCUUUGAUUUGGCGUUUCUCUUCGGCACUGACUUUGUAAUGACAUGUCAGGCUGCUUCCUUUUCAAGAUACUGAAUGGCCUUUUUUUUUUUUUUUAAAUGUGUCUCUUCUUCACCGGAGCGUUCUCCUCAUAGACAACAGAACAGGAGACUGAAGGGUACAGGAGGUAAACAGGAAGUGAACUCUGUGUGUGUGUGUGUGUGUGUGUGUGUGUGUGAUGUCCCUUCACAUUGUGACGUGUAAAAGGUACAACCUCCAUAUCAGUUUAAAAAAAGAUGCCCUCCCCUCAGAUGAAGUUGGAAGACAAUAUUAUUUUUAAACUGGAUUGGAAAAUAUCAAAUGUUAUUUAGAGCAAUAAGUAAGUAGUAAGUAAGUUAGUAACUGCUUGCAUAAGAGUGACCCCCCACAGGACGUAAUUGAAGUGAAAUGACGUGAAAACAACGUUGAUUCAACCAGUGUGUGCCCAGUGGGAAUGCAUUUGCGUGGAUAUUUUAAGCAAUAUUUAAACAGUUUUACAACAUUGAGUAAACUAUUCCAGUGCUUGUUAUUUAAAAAAAACACCUGUGACAAUUUGGAAGACAUUUUGGAAUCAGUAACAAAACAGUAUUUUUCAAAAUGUUGUACACAUAAUUCAGUACGUAGCACAUGUAUAAAUCUUUUCACUGUAUAAUGUCAUUUCAUUAGUGCUGUACACUGCAUAAUGUUUCAGUCUCUAAAUUCUCACCCAAAGUUGACAAAUGCGUCUGACGUUGAUAAGGCAUCCUGCAGGUAGCUGUCGUUACUGUAAGCAGUAUGAUCACCAGACCUCAGUCACAGGUCUACAUCUCUACAUGGCUCCUUAGUAUUAUCUAUGGCUUACUGCCUGUGUAGCUCUCCUGUUCCCGUGUGUGUUGUAUCUGUGAGUAUAUUGUAGUGUUCGUAGUCCACUGUAUCAAAACUGCGGUCUGCUUGCCCCCUCCAUAUUUUAGCUUUACAUCAUCUUGGAUAUGGUAACGUCUGUUUGCUGAUUGUUUGCUUCUUGGUAUGCGCUACAAAUGAUCUGACUUGUUGAUGAUUUCAUGAUUUUAUAAGUGAUGACAUAAUCAAUGGAACUUGAGUAUUUAUAGUAGUAGUAACAACAUUCUGAUUGGGCUUGUGUCAAACCAAAGCUACUGACUGACUACUGUUACCAUCUCAGCAGUGUAGUGCAUACAAUAAGAUACCAGUUAUUUAUGAACAAGGGUUGCAGCUGUAUGGUGGUACUGGAUGUGUUAAACCUAGCGUCUUAGCCUAAUUGUGACAGCAUUGCCUGUGGUAUCUUACAAAGGAUAAAUAAGUGUCUCUCUUUUUUUGUGUGGGUGUGUGGUUUGGUUUCACUAUCAUUGUGGGGACCAGAAGUCCUCACAAGGAUAGUAAAAACAAGGAAAAUCUGGACAGGUAUGGACAUUUCGCCAGUCCCCACAAGGAAAAUUCCUAUGUUUGACUUAGAGGUUAGGUUAGGGAUAAGAGUUAGGCUUAGUUUUAGGGUUAACGUUAGAGUUAGGUUAAGGAAAAUAGGAUUUUGAAUGGGAAUAAAUAGUUUGGUUUUACUAUCCUUGUGGGAACCAAUGUGUGUGUGUGUGUAAAUAUUGUACAUAUCAAUGCUGUGUUUGGUGGACUUCUGAGUUAAAUCUGUAUGCUUUUUGAUUGACUGAUGCCUCUCCAGCUGUGUUCAAGCGAUAAAUCCAUCUAUCCAUGUUCUACGUCUGUGUUUCCUUGGCUAAAAGCCACAUGUCCUCUACUACUGUGUGUACAAACUUGCAUGUGUGUAUGAAACUUCUCUUUUUUUGUGCUCAACUUUGUGUUCUUAUUGUAUUCUUCUGCCAGAAGAAGAGAAAAUGUAGAUUUUUGGAAGAAAAAAAGUGAAUGUAUCACUCGUCAGUUUUUUGGGGACAUUUUUUUAAGUGAACAAUGGUGUGGGCUCAGAUGAACAAAGGUGUGGGCUCAGAUGAACAAAGGUGUGGGCUCAGAUGAACAAAGGUGUGUACAUUAUUGUGAAGGGCAUGCCAAUUGUGGGAUGACUGUAUGUACAGACAUCUAUAAACAUGAAGCUGUGUAGAGAAAUGUUUGCCAAAUGAUGCCCUGUGAAUAUUGUUUUAAUUAAAGGAGAAUGGCAGGAAUUGCAAAUAGUGCUGCUUAUGAGCAUCAAGUAUAUGAAAUAAAGAUUUAUGUUCUCUA